AUGCAACAACCAAGCUCUGAUUAUUCUCCAGACCUGGUCAAAGAAACGUGCAUCGGUGUGCAACUUCUAAACAGGGAAGCUGAACUUCAUAAAGAAAAUGUUGCUUUGUCUGGAAGCAGCAGUCCAGAAGAUGUCUUCAUUCCCUGUGAAACACAAGCAUUAUCAGUUUAUAUGGACACCACCAUGCCUCCAGGUGAUUACAUUCGAAGACAAGGUUAUACAGAGUCUUCGCUUCUGAAGCUUCCCACAGAGGAGUGCAUUGGGAGCCAUCAUGCACCUUUCCAGUUUGACCGGCAUGCUUUGGCCAGAAUUUCCACUUCUCCAACUUUAAGGCGUCUAAGGAUGGCCUCUGCCUCACAAGCACUGUCAUUUCAGGACUGCUCUGACAGAGCUCAGCUGGGGAAUCAAAAGGAAUACACUGGCUCUCUCCACCACAUUUGUAAGAGUCCACCUCGGUGCACUACAGCUUCCUCAUUGUUGUUGCCUUCUUGUGUCCAUGCAAAAUUACUGUCUUCCAAAGCCAAGUCUGAGACAACUAUAGCAGAUCCAGAGUCUGCCAGCCCCAGAUCAAAGCCGCCAAGCCAAAAAGAUCCUCUCAGCAAUGGCAGUCCCAAUGAGACACUCCAAAACUCUUGGAGAGCCAACUCUGCUAUGCUGCCUAGGAGACUCCCCCGCCCCAGCCCUACACCACAGGAGGGUGUCCAGGUAAGAGGAAUAGGAUGA